AUGGAAGGGCUGGACACCGAUCUGGAGUACAUUGAGGUGACGGUGGCCGAUGAAUUUCCGUCCGGCUCCGAGUUGACGUCGGUAUGCGCUAUCUGCCUCCACCCGGCCCAUGGCAUCCAUUUUGGCGUGAUGACCUGCCGGGCGUGUGCCGCUUUUUUCAGAAGAACGGUGGUGCUCGACAAGAAGUACGCGUGCAAACAGAAUGACGGCAAAUGCGACUUUGGGCCAGAAAUUCGUCAAAUUUGCCGAGCCUGCCGCUACGAUAAAUGUCUGGAAGUGGGGAUGACGGCGGAUAACGUUCAAUGGAAUCGGGAUCGUUUGUGCAACGCAACGCGGAUGGACACGUUGGAGAAGAGUGAUGGAGGGCGGACGAUAGAAGAUCCACACCCGACUGACUACCCUCCACAACAGACCACCAUCGUCCAUAGGCCCAUCCCGUCGUUGCCGAACCCCGUGCUCAGCCCAGAGUUGGCGCUUGCCAAUUUGAAGGCCCCGAAAGCGAAGCGCCCCGUCCCGCCCCACCUUCUCGAGCUCAUUAACGAACUACAAGAGGUGCCCAAAAUGCUCGAGCGGAUAUUCAUGCAGACAGCUCCGAUGGAGGUGAUUUCGCCAUUUCCGCUGACCGCUCUGCAGCGGAUGGCUGUGGCCACGGAGAGAAUGAGGGGGCCACUUCCCACAAAUCCACCGGCUUGCCACAACAUCGAGAUGGAGUUCUUCCUCCGCAGCAUCAUCAAAAAGAAGCGCCAGGCCGCCGAAUGGAUGAUGCACUGCGAAGAAUUCGCGCGGUUGCCACUCGAAGAAAAGCUGAAAAUCUAUGAAACGGCCUGUAUGUAUUUGGCCCGCCUUGAGAAGGUCGCCCAGCCACUGACCGUAUUUGGGGUGGAAGCUAUCAAUAAUCGGUGGAUGCUGAUGGCCGAUCGUCUGAUCACCCCGUUCACCAUGUUCAACGUCGCGGGGCUGAGCGACUAUAGUAAUGAGGAGAUUAUGCGCUUCUUCCACCCGCACAUGGAGAGUAUGUUCGAGGAUCUCGGGCGUCCACUUGCCGAAGUUGCGCCAGCCCCGCUCGAGUACAUCUACAUCUUGUGUUCAACGAUGUGGAAUGUUGAUGGCCAAAACGUAAUGCCGGAGACGUUACGCGUCGCCGACCUAUACCGCGAGCGCAUCUCCGCAGAGCUACACGACUACUAUGUACACUCAAGAGGAAUGGAGAACUAUGCGCACAGAUUAAUGCAACUACGAUCUGUCAUGAACGCUAAUGAUCGUCAUCAACAAGAGCGCAGCGACCUAUUCUUCCUCUUCCAACUCUUCGACGUCUUCUACAUUGAUAUCCCGCUUUGUGGCGGCAAAGACACCAACAAAAUC